AUGGAGGCUGCAAAAACCUCAUGUGAAGAAGAGUGCUCCGAGCAGAUAAUCAUUUUCAAAGAUGACGAAAAACACUUGCCAUCUGAGAUGACCCAAACAGACCAAUCUUCAAGCUCCGAAGAUAAAAUAAGACUUGCAGAGCAACCUCAGACAGGGGCUGUAAGUCCAUCUUCCUGUAUGGAGUCAAAGGCCUUUGCUUUGAGAAAUUCUCUUACCUCAAAAUCUAGAGAAGAGUGUCACAUCCACCUCAGUAAGAAGACUUUUCCUCCCGUAAACAAACGAUGUCUUCAUUCGGAAUGUGAUUUUUUGAUGCCCAAGGGUCAGCACAAAAAGGAGCAGAAAUCUGUUAAGACUGGAAAGUAUGUAUGCCAGUAUUGUGGAAGAGCUUGUGCCAAACCUAGUAUACUGAAAAAACACAUACGUUCUCAUACUGGCGAACGACCCUAUCCAUGUAUUCCUUGUGGUUUCUCCUUUAAAACUAAGAGCAACUUGUACAAACACAGAAAAUCUCACACUCAUGCAGUCAAAGCAGGGGUGAUGCUAUUUUCAGGACAAGACAGCAAUUAUAUGGGUUUGGAGGAGUUGACAGUUGCGGAGGGUGAUAUAGACACAGAUGAUGAGGUUGUGGAAGACUUGGCCUUGGAUGCAAGCCAUAUCAAAGACACAGAGGGUUUCAUGCAAGGAAAGGGGGGAAAAUUGACAAAGAAAGAAGCCAUGAUGCUCUCCACUGCCUCAUCAGGAAAAGUUUCUUUAUGGCAAUUUCGGGAAAUUUUGGCACCUGCCACAAUUGCUCAGGGGGACCAAAUUGUUGAGUUCCCAACCAUCAAGCAAAGACUGGCACUUAGACUUUCGGAGAAGAAAAAUCAAGAUUCAGAACAGUCUCUUUCUCUUCCCAGCUCAUACAGUAAAGGGAGCACUGAUUCUGGCUAUUUCUCACGUUCUGAGAGUGCUGAGCAACAGUUCAACCAGUCAAGUGAAAAUGCAAAGUCAUAUCAAGAAAUUAUGUUUGGGAAAUGUUACAAACCAACCACCAGGCCAAAGCAGUCAAUCACUGUACAGACCUCUAUGGCAGACAUAAAUGAGGCAACAUCAAGUUUCAUGAUUAAACUGAACAAAGGUAUGAUGCCUGGUGACACAGAAUCCUCUAAACAUAGAAGCAAAAAAGACCUAGUCCGAUCAAUAAAAAUCGAUUCUUUCCAAGAGGAAGAUUAUCAAGAAUGUCAAAACCCUGCUCACACUAAUCUUCUGGAAACGGCAUCGGAGAGUAGCAUGUUCUUGCGCAGUAACUCUCUUCCUACCUCAAGUAGUUCAAAUCUGGAUGCCUCAAUAGGGUUAAGAAGCAGUAAUUCGUUUGAUGAGAGAAUGCCAGGUGCUGAUGUAACCUACCGGGGCCUGGUGGGAAUGAGAAGACUCAUGCGGCAAGCUGCAUUUGAGCACUCCACUAAUGAAGGACAUGUAGAAUCAGACUGCUCCGUGCAUCUAGCUUGUAGCUUAAAAUCAGAGUUGAAAAUUCACAGCAUAGAUGAUUCUAAAGUGGGUGUGGAGAACUACCAAGAAACUGAGUCAUGUUCGAUUUCCCAAAGCCAGUUGUCAGACACUUCAAGGAAACGUAGAAAAGACAAGCAAGUCAUGGAGGAGGAAGAUUUUCAUUUCCAAGAUAAGCCCUCAGACUUAUCUGAGACAAAGGAAACUAUCUUAGAUACUGCCUUCUAUGACACUGAGAGAAGAGCUGGGAGCAAUGUAAUCUCUGUAAUUCAGCACACAAAUUCAUUCAAUCGGCUAAACUCCUCAGAAAAAUCAACUGACAUUAGAUCACAUCCAUUGGACAAAGUUGGCCUUUACAAAUUCACAAAAAAGGAACAUAGCAUUGAGGAUCAGAGAAAUGACUUCAAUUGUAGCUCGGAAGGAAUAGAAUGGCAACUGGGAAGCAGCAGUUUAUUGCACCAUAAAUGUCACAUGGCUAAACAGCCAACACCUCAGCCCAGUAUCCAAGUCCCAGAGAUUAGAGUAACUGUGGAGCCAGAGAGACCAGAAAAAGUUGUGGAUGUAGGGGUCAGGCAAAGGGAAAAGCAUCCUGAAGAGUUCCAGUGGCCACAGAGAAGUGAAACACUGUCACAGUUUCCAAUGGAAAAACUGCCACCCAAAAAGAAACGCUUGCGAUUAGUAGAGAUAGAUUGUUCUUCUGGUGAAUCUAGCUUUGAAUCUGCUUGCACAAGUCUCUCCAGAAGCCCAUGUCAAGAUAGCAAUUUGUCUCACAGCUCAAGCUUUUCCCAGUCCCUUGACAGAGAGGAGACCAUUUAUGUUGCGUCCCAAACCAACCCAGAUGAGCUUAAUAGGCCAUUGGAGUUCUUAUCUGUACCAGGAGGUUCACAGAGUCAUCACAAAGAGAUGAGAUGUUCUGCAUCAGAGCUGUUACCUUAUAACAAACCCUUAGAGGUUCCAGAGAUUCGAAGCAAGUCUUUUGGCUAUGGUAGUCUGUCUCCUACAUUUCGGCAGGAAGAAGUUACAGAGCAUAGAAGGUGCUUCUUGGUUAGGCAAGCAUCGUUAGGUGGCGAACAAGAGAUUGUGACACACAUUUCCACAGUUCUAGAUGAAACCAGCAGGAGAACAACCUCACCAAACAAACAAUUUUUACCUAAGGGAUCCAUUGAGAAAUUUAGAUAUCCUUUGAUUUCUAGCAAUCCUUUUCAUCAACAAGCUAGCCAAAUGCAAACCUCAUCUCAUAAGCAAUGCAAUCAGCCCAAUGUUAGCCAUGUUUUGGACCCAGAUAGCAUAAUGCUUCUAAUUAAGAAGGAACCAGAAGAUUCCAAGGCAUCUGAAUCUUAUAUUAGCUUAAGAAACCACCGGGAAGAUUAUUCACAGAGCGUAGGCAAUGUUUUGUCCACAAUAGCAGUCCUUUCACAAGCUCAGCAUUCAUUAUCUUGUCAAAACAUGUCAAGUUUUCUAGUUCCUGUCAGAAUUCAAAUGCAAGUGCCAUCCUACGGACACAUAACAUACACUAGCAUAUCUCCUAUUCUCGAUUCUCAACUACAGAACUCUAUCUCACGCAUACAACACAAAACAUUCUCCAGUCAAAGUCUUGACACACCCCCAAGGCGACUUUUGCGCAGCACACCAACUUCACCAGCAAAGCUUAAUACAGGCAUACCUUUGUCAUUAACCUCCAAAACCAUCUCAACUACAGAGGCCCCCAGUGGUGGGGCAAACAAACGCAUGCUCUCUCCUGCAAGUAGCAUUGAACUCUUCAUCAAGGCAAAACAGCAAAAACGAGUCAAAGAUGAGAGCAUUUAUGGCCAAAUUGUCAAAGGGCUGAGUGCUGUGGAGUUAGGAAAUCUCGAAGGUGACAAAGAAAAUCCCAAGAGUUACAAAUCCAAAAAUAUCCAAGACCAAUGUGAGCCUUUGGAAGAGGUAGAAAUGAAUGAGUCCAACCUAGAGUUACAAUCUUCUGCCAGUAUUCCUUUAGAUACUGCUAUGAUGGAACACAAACUAAUGGCAGAACACCUGAUGGCCAGUCAUAGCUCCUCUAUAGGUGCUUCACUUUUGUCUCAGUUUUCAGGUCUUCACGCCACAACUUGUGUGAGCUGGUGCUACCUUAACUCCACUAAACCAAAUAGCACCCAAACAGCUGCACAUUUCUCAGAGUAUGCCUCGUGGUUUGUGAGAUGCCAUAACCCCAACCCACCCAAUCUUAGCACUGGGAUGGUUCUUGCUCUUCUCCGAUCAAAACAGGGGAUGCAAAAUGCUAUUUAUUCAAUCGCUACUAUGUAUCAACCUGGACUUCUUGUCACCUCCACUCCCUGGAGACUGAAGCAAGAACAAGUAACUCUGGAAUACAGAGAGGAAGAUACAAAACAUGAAGUGAAAUUAAGAGACAUUAGCCAGAGAAGCAAAUAUUUACGAGAGGACAUUGCUUCCUCCAUACGACAACAUGAACCAGACCGUGUAAAGAUUUUUGAAGGAGGGUAUAAGUCGAAUGAGGACUAUGUGUAUGUGAGGGGCCGUGGUCGGGGAAAAUAUAUUUGUGAAGAAUGUGGUAUUCGUUGCAAGAAGCCAAGCAUGCUCAAGAAACACAUACGAACUCACAUGGAUGUGAGACCCUACAUCUGCAAGUACUGCAACUUUGCCUUUAAAACUAAAGGUAAUCUCACCAAGCAUAUGAAGUCAAAAGCUCACAUGAAAAAAUGCCUUGAACGAGGAGUAUCACCCACAGCCAUGGAUCAUACAAAGGAUGCAGAUGACAUACUGAAGUCCUUAGAUAUCAGGCCAAUGGAAACAACCCUCAAACAUCAGUUCUCAGAUGUGGAGGACUCUGAUGAGAAUGGAGAUGAGCCAGACGAUGAGGAAGGUGAUGAAUGCCAUGGUGAUUUUACACCCAAAACACUGUCCAGAAGCACAAGUCCUCAGCCCUAUGCAGUCAACAAGCCAUGUCUGUCUAGCUGUCUCAUGAAACACAUGGACACAAUCCGCAAUCUACCUAAGGAACAACUUGAAGCCUCCUCUUUGGGUAUUGAGGAGGAUCUGACCUUGGAGCAAUCGAGUAUCUUUUUUGAGCUCUGCCCGCCUCAGCUUCUGUCGCCUUGUUGGGACUUACCUCUUCAGAGGAACAUAAGUCCACGAGGAGACCUGUCACCAAAACAUCAUCUGUUGUCAAGCUUUGAUUCAUCUCCUUUGAGAGCUGUUUCUCCAAGGAGAGAUCUGAGUUUGAGAGAGCUCUCACCUGUAAGGCUGAUCCAUACUCGGGCCGACCCAUCAGGUCAUCAAAAAGGGAUGCUCAGGGUCGUGUCCCCACUGAGGGGGUCUUACCAGCACAGGGCCCACGUGGAUCAGGGAAGAAGUAUUAGAUAUCAAAGCUCUAACCUUAGACCAAUCAUCGGAGUGCAAUCAGAGAUCAAAAUGGAUCGAGAAGGCACUCCUCUGAAUCUGUAUGUUCCUGUUGGCCUAUGCAGCAGUAAAGAUCUGUCCACUACCCUGCAGCCUGACAUCUACAGUCAUUUGCCUUUGCACUCUCAAGGACAGGUGCCAAAACCGGUUCCAAUGAUCCCUAUUGGGGGCUUAAGGAUGCCUUCUCCGGAGAGAAAUUUACUCCCAUCGCUUCAGCAGGAGAACAUAUCAGAGAUGGCUAGUUCCAGACAGAUCUCAGACCCUGUGCCAGAUCCUGGAGUGACCUAUGAUGGAGACACCAAAACCUCUCGCUCUGGACCUCCUAGCAAAGACGAUAAAAAGGAGGAGAGCAUCUACAUCUGUGCAAAAGCUAUUGCAUCCCUCAGAAUAACAGCUGAAGAUGCCACCGAUAAACCUCCUAAAAGUUGAUUUUUAGCACUGUAAAAACACAUUCAAAAGCUGAAAUCAAGCUAAGGCCAGAAUCAUACUCUACGCAAAUACGCAACUGCAAAUGCUUGGCUAGCUCAUUGCAAAAGUGUGUUUCUGUUGAACGUAACGUGCAUUCUUGCAUUGCUCGUUGGCAGUAACAAACCUCACCUUACUAUUGCCCCACCAUGACAGUAGUCAUGAUGGGAGAAAGGUGUCUCUGGUUGUUCCUUGCAGGGAACUCAGCCUUACAGGCUCCAUAUGGUUAGGAUUAGGGAGGGGGCAGAGUUAGGGCAUCUGUUGCCUCCCUGGAACAAACUGAGGCGCCUUUGUACAAUGAGCGACAGCAGUUGACCUUAAAGAGAAAACUGACCCUCGAAGGAGACAAUUUUACGCUACUGCCUGCUGUAGCGCCCUUGUGACAAUGCUGAGAAUGCAACAUGUACUUGAAUUCAGGAAUGCAACAGUGCACGAAAUUGAGCUGGCAUAUGGCUCGAAGCAUCUGCGUUUACGUACUUGUGUGGACUAUAUUUUGGGAGCAUUCCCAAGACUCCGGAGUUUUGGUUAAAAAUAAUACACAGAAUAUUAAUUUCAGUUCACAUGCCAUAUUCUCUAUACCUGCCAUACCAAUCUCAACUAUACAUGGUGUAAAAAUUAUACAUGAAGAUGAUAUUUACAACAAUACAUGCAAAAAAUACAAAAUCAAAUAUUUAAUGAAACUAUUUAAAUUGCAGAUCUAAAACAUUUUCUUCAGGAAGUCAUAUGCAUCAUUACGUCUCAAGUAAACUCAAAACAAAACACUGAUCACCAUUUUUACUGAAACUGUCUUCAUUGACUUCUGCUUGUGCCUUUAAGAUGUUUGCAUAUUUCUCAAUGAAAGAAAGUCAUUAGAUGUACCCUGUGUAUGCACUUAUCUUAAAAAUAGUGGUGGUUAUUAAGUUAUUAAAACCUAAUUUGAGGCAUUGUGGUUGCUUUUGAGAUUGCACUUAUUACGUAUGUUAAAGUUUGCAUAUUGCAUUAAUCUCCGCUAUGAUAUUGCCUUGUAUGCUGUUGUAUAUUCUUAUUAGCACCUUCGUAACUCAACUGCAUUAUACAGUAUGCAUUCAAGAUAAUGAACUGAAAAGUGUGGAUGACAAAUUAUUUAAACAAUCCUUUUGGUUAAACCUCCAUCGCUUAGUAUUUUUCUAAAUGUAUCAUACCUCGUUUCCUUCUGUAGACGUUAGAUUUUUUUGGCACUUAAGAAACAAAAUGUCAUUACAAGGUGUAAAGCAGUUCAAUGGAGAGGAGGGGGCAAGAACCGGCUUGACAAUAUAAAUAAUAGUUUAAUGAAGAAAUAAACCAAAAACACAAACACACACAUAUGACGGACAGCUGCCCGUAAACGUUCUCUCUCUGUCGCACCACCGUCCGCAGUCGGCCUUUAUCCCUCUCGGAGGCUUGAUUAGCCUGAUAAGGGAACGGAUGUGUAAAAUCACGACCCGGCCCCGCCCUCCGCCCUGUCAAAUUCUUCCCUCGUUCUCUCAGGCCGGGCAGCCCCCGAGAUGACGUACACCCGCCGCGUUUUCGGGGAACAGAAGGGGUCUCCCCCGGCAGCGGUUCUCCCAGGCGGUCGGCAGUGAGCCCCUCCCCGCUCAGUGCCUGAUAAGGGACUCCUCCUCCACUGACUGCUCCAGGCAGCCAGUUAGGAGCCCCUUCUCCCCUCACAGUCGGCGGCUGUUCCUCCACUUCCAGGCAGUCGGGCUCCUCCGUCCCCCAGAAGAUGGCCACGGCUGCUCCGUUGGGGUAGAUGGUAGCGGCGAGAACUCUAUAUAAAUAAUAGUUUUAAUAACAAACUGAACAAAAAACACUCAAACAUAAACACACAGAGCAGCUGCCUGUCAUUCUCUCUCGAACUGUCAUCACCGGCCGCCUUUAUCCCUUACGUGCCCCCAUCAGGCUGAUUAGGGACCUGGUGUGCGUUGCUCCAGCCCGGCACCACCCUCCUCCGAUAUACACAAGGCAUUUCAAAAUAUGUAUAUGACAUCAUAUUAUUAUCUAAAAAGUGUUAAGUAUUAUGAAUCAUAGUGACAAUUUGAAGCACUUUCUAGGGAGUCGAUAGACUGAAUGCAGUGUCAUCAAUACUGGAGCUAUUUUUAAUCAUUUUAGGUGAUGAUUGUUGAUUGAUUAAUCAUAUUGCACAACAUUCCAGUCACUAUAUGUGCAUGUACUGUAUGUGUACAUCUCUGUAUGUGUUUACACACACAGGUAUACAUGUGUAUACACACACACACACACACACACACACACACACACACAAUUGCUAUCAUGUACUGUAAUUACUUUUAAAGAGAGUUUAGUUUUAGUUAAAAAAAAAAAAAGUUAAUAGUAGAUGUUUUUUUCUAGCCAUCGAGGGGGUCUUGAACUUGUCUGACUGUUUGAAUGUAUGCAUUUUUAGCCAUUUUAAAUGUCUUUAAGAGGGUAUAAGUGCUAGCUGAUAUUAAACAUAUGCAUAUCAAAUGAAGUAGCAACUGGUAUAACAUCCCAUUUCAGUGUAUGGUAUUUAUAUUAAUAGUCUGAGGAUUAAAAACACUGAGAUGAAGUUAAGUUUAUACUGAAAGAACUUUCAUGUCAUGUUUACAGUAUUACAUAUGAAAGAUUUUAAGGUAUCUAGUUUGAAUUUAUGGCAUUAUAGAAAAUACAACAUUGUGUUAUUUAUCUUACAGAUAGAUACAUGGCCAUCAAAUAUGAAUUCAUGAUAUUUCUGUUUUUCCCAUAAAAGCAGCUGAUUUUGUAUUUAUUUUUUAUCUGAUUAAAGAUGUC